CCCAUGAAUAAAGCCCAAAAGCCCAUAGAAAUUCUGGUGGCAAACAACAGCGAAAGAAUCGUUUGUAUCGUUCUUCUUCUUCUCUGUUUCAUCACUGCUUCUUUUCUUCAUUCUUCCUUCCAAUCUUCAUUCCCAAUUUGCUUCCAUUAUUGUGGAUUGAAAUGGCUGGAGGUGUUUUUCAGCAGUUAUUGAGGAGGAAACUCAAAUCUCAUUCUCCUAAUCCUUCAUCUAUGUCAUCGAUAAUCACGAAGAUUGAUGGUGCUGGUUCUACGAGCAACAGAUCCUUUAGAGCCCUAGCAUUAAUUGGAGCCGGUGUCUCAGGUCUUUUGGGUUUUGCAACAACAGCAUCAGCUGAUGAAGCUGAGCAUGGCCUGGCUGCUCCAAGCUAUCCAUGGCCUCACGAGGGAAUCCUCAGUUCAUACGAUCAUGCUUCGAUUCGUCGUGGUCAUCAAGUUUAUACGCAAGUCUGUGCUUCCUGCCAUUCCAUGUCUUUGAUAUCAUACCGUGAUUUGGUUGGUGUUGCUUACACAGAAGCGGAGGUAAAGGCAAUGGCUACUGAGAUUGAGGUGGUUGAUGGCCCUAAUGAUGAGGGUGAGAUGUUUACACGACCCGGCAAACUCAGUGAUCGCUUUCCUCAGCCAUAUUCAAAUGAAUCAGCUGCUAGAUUUGCUAAUGGAGGAGCCUAUCCUCCAGAUCUAAGUCUCAUCACCAAAGCUCGUCACAAUGGUCAGAACUACGUGUUUGCUCUUCUUACCGGUUAUCGUGACCCCCCUGCUGGUGUUGUGAUUAGAGAAGGACUGCACUAUAAUCCUUAUUUUCCUGGUGGAGCCAUUGCCAUGCCUAAAAUGCUUAAUGACGGUGCUGUUGAAUAUGAAGAUGGUACCCCUGCUACCGAAGCUCAGAUGGGGAAAGAUGUUGUGUCAUUUUUGUCUUGGGCAGCAGAACCUGAGAUGGAAGAGAGAAAACUGAUGGGAUUUAAAUGGAUAUUUGUACUUUCAUUGGCAUUACUUCAAGCUGCAUAUUAUCGUCGCCUUCGGUGGUCUGUUCUUAAGUCUCGCAAAUUGGUUCUUGAUGUUGUCAACUAACUGCUUUCAAGUUGCAUUUAUUAUUUUUUGGAAAGAAGAUAAUUGUUACCAAUAACUAUGUCAAAUCUCAUCUCGUAAAAUUCGUUGAGAGACUAGCCGGAAAGCAUGCCCUAUUUUUGUUCGAGGUAUAGAAAUAAAGGUGCUACCUAUAUUUGAUAUACGUUACUUCAAUUUUUCUCAUCCUAAGAGCUGUAUGUUUUUUGCA